AGCCAUUUUUAAUCCAGCGGAGAAAAUUUUGCACCGUUCGCAGCACAGACGAAGCACUUUUUGGCGUGGUCCGGGAAAACUUUCGGAAUUUUCGCCGGAAAUCGAAUCGCAAACGCCCGGACGCCCUCGAACCGGAUUCGGGAACACACUGGAGAUAGUCCGUGCGUGUGGUGAAGUAAAUUAGAAACGAGUGUGGUCUCCGCUCUGCAAAGCCAUCCGUAACAUGGAUAGUGACGAUUCCAGACCAGGUUCGUCUGCGUCCAAUAGCUCCGGCUCGGACAGUCCGUCGAGUCCUGGGGUACCUGGCGGUGCCCAAGCUACAGAUCAGGUCGAUGCUGCCGAAGCGCGUGUAUCUCGCUCUCGGUCCCGCUCGCGGUCCCGGUCACGGUCCGGAUCCCGUUCGCGCUCGCGGUCGCGUUCCGGAUCUCGAUCGCGCUCCAACAGCCCGGCAUCGAAAAAGAACAGCCCUCCGUCGAGUCCGAAAAACUACGACGAUGCUCCGUCGCGUUCGAACUCACCAUCGUUCCGGAGUGCGGAAAACUCGCGCAAUUCUAUGCCGCGGAAGUCGCCCCGCAGCCGCAGUGGCUCCCCGGACGGUGGCCGAUACAAUCGGUCUAGGUCGGGUUCGAAGGAAUCGAAUCGGUCGGACACUUCUCCGAAGCGUCAUCGUCACCUGUCACGGCAUUCCAGCGGAUCCAACCUUAGCGAAAAGCUGAAGGGAGAGGAGAUUUCCGACUGUGAGAUGGAAUCCGACCAAGAGGAUAAGGACAAGAGAAGCAACAACGGUAAGUUGGAAGACAGCGAGAUUCCGUCCGGCAACGAUGGAGUAAAGGACACGUUGGACAUGAGCCACGAGGAUCUGAGCGACGUGAGCCUCGAAAGCGAGAAUGAACAGGACAACGAUAAGGACAGUGAGCGGGAGAGUGACAAGGACGAACCGGAAGAAGAGAAAGAACACGUAGGGAAGCAGCGAGCGGAGGAAGAUGAUGAGCCGCCGGCGAGGGAGAAUGAAAAGAUGAAAAUAACUGAUCUUCGCCAAAAGUUGGAGGAAAAGAAGAAUCAACUGCGGAACAUGGAGGAAAAGCAGCAAACGAAUGGAUCUGCUAGAGCUCACGAAAGCCUGCUGGACGCUGAUAUCAUAGAUACGAAAAAUGACGAGGACGCCUUGGACUUCGAAGCAGAGGAAGGUGAAUGUAAUGAUCCGCCGAAGGAGGUGGAGAAAACAGAGACUGGAAAGAUACCAGUCCAAGCCCCUGAAUCCGACAAGAAGAAGCCCUCUGCGGAGGAGUUGGAGGAAGGCGAAGAACUAGAAGAAGGUGAAGUUUCUGAUGAAGAUGAGAAGAGGCCGGAAGAAACGGAACCGAAGCCGGUGUGCCGAUUCUACACUCGAGGUCAGUGUACUUGGGGAAUGAGCUGUCGCUUCUUGCACCCCGGAGUGACGGACAAGGGCAACUACACCAUGUUUGAUAUGGUGCGUCCCGUCCCGAUUCCCCACCAACCUCCUCCGUACGCCGCCCAUCCGGUUGUGUACCAAUCGGACUAUCGCAUUGAACGUCCUCCGAUGCAUCAUAUGGCCCCGCAUCACGCUGUUCCUUAUGGCGCUGCUGCCGGCUUGCCACCACAAGUCAGGCCACAGGAACCUGUAGGCGAAAGUGCCUGGGAACGCGGUCUCCGCACGGCCAAGGAAAUGAUGCGUAAAGCUACCAAACGCAAGGAGCAAGAUAUUGACUUUGAAGACAAAAAAAUGAAUCUUUCUCUAACACAAGAUGAGCUGGAGAAAGAUAACUAUUACACAAGAGGUUCACCCGAGUCCCCUUCGUACGGUGUACGUCCGCCAGUUGCUGCAGCACCUUACGAGUUCAACGCCCCGCCGGCCACCGCUAAAUUUACUCGACCUGGACCCGCCCCCUUCGAGGAGGAUGCCUUCGGUCGCACCCAUCGCUACCGGGAGCUUCCUUCCCACCGGAUGCCUCAGUAUGAGGAUGAGGAUCCAUCCAAGCGCAGAAAUCGUGCCACCCGGGAGGUGAUUGUUCAACGUGCCGACGAAUGGAACGACCCGUGGAUGCGUUCCAAAUCACCCGCAAGGAGAAACGAUCCGCUCGCCGGGAUCGACGCAGCUACAGUAACAGUUCUUCGUACAGCAGUUCGAGCAGCAGCUCCCGAUCCGGGUCCAGUUCGGAUUCGAGCCGUUCGCCGUCACCCAGCACAAGACGUCCCCGGUACGAUAGCCAUCGGUCGAAGGAAAGCGACCGCCACACAACGCACGUCAGGAAGGUUAUCCGGACGCGAUCGCCCAGUGCAAGCCCGAGACGAGUUCGCAAAGUAUCGCCAGUUGUUGCGAAGAAACGUAACGUUUCUCCUGUACCGGAUAAACGGGCAAUUGAGAAAGCAGUAUCCACAAAACGGAAAAAGUCUUCACCGCCGCGCAAAGUUUCCACCGAGAAGCGGAGGCGGCGAUCGAGCUCUUCCGGUUCGGGCUCGUCCGAUUCCAGUGAUUCCGGCUCCGAAAGCUCGUACUCGUCCAGCUCAUCGACGUCGUCUCGGGAAAAGUCUAAGAAAUCCAAGGCGACCGAGAAAUCUUCGAAGACGGCUGCGUCGUCCAAGAAACCUGCUGAGCUGAAGAAGUCCUCAAGCGACUCUAAACCAAGCGCCCAAGUCAUUCCCCCGUCGAGUGCAGCCUUGGAGAAGGCGGCAGCCAGUGCCAGUGCCGCGAAGAAAUCUUCCCGAAGGGAAGAGCUACUUAAGCAAUUGCGUGCUGUGGAGGAAGCCAUCGCCCGAAAGCGAACAAAAAUUUCCUAAAUCUCACUACUCAGCA